AAAUGAGGAAACCGAUCACAGCAACUAAUGAGGACUGCUACCUCUCCAAACCUCUCUGUGUCUGUCUGCUGCUCUGCCGGCUCCGCUGGACCUGCGCUGCCAUGUCAGUGCAGGAUGUCACUCUAGCCAUGUUUUUAAGAGGAUAAAAACAGGGAAGAUGCGCCAGGAGGGGAAACGUCACAUUUUCAGAGGGAGCGACAGUGUGGAGAGACUGUGACCGAGCCGGGGAGACGAAUAUGCGGCACGUCGGUCCACAGCAGCGAAUAUUUACCGGAGAAAAUAUUCUUUAACAAGGUGGAAAUUUUUGUAAGCCACACAGAGGAUUUUAUUAUCGCAGUACGUUUCAACGGGAAUUUGGAUGAGCCUCCUGUCACGCCACCCCGGACCCCCAGACUGGUUUCAUAGGAUCAAGACCAAUAGAUUGAUCCUGCCCUAAAAUCCAUGAAGGAAGACAUAACUCAAAGUUUAAAUAAGUCUCAUUCAAAUAUCAGGAUCCUGAGGUCCCGCUGCCCUGGCUGGAUAUUGAAUAGGUACCACUUACUAUUAUUGUGUAGGCUAUAUGAGAAAAUUCUGAAGGGGGGUUAUUCCAGAUCAGCCUGUGACUCUACUAAUUGAUAUCACAAAGUCACAAUCGAGUUUAGAUUGGCUCCUGGCGUUAUCAAGACAACCUUCUAGUCUCUAAUACAGCAACACAAAGUUAUUAAUCCAACAUUGAGGAUGCCACCCUGGGUGUCCUUACAAGGAAGGGAGACUGUAGAAUGAAAGCGGGAUUUCUGCGUAUUUGAUCGGACACAGAGCUGAAGGAAGGACACAGCCGGACCUUCUUCUUUUGGAUUGGUCCAAAAAAUAUUUUUUGUGUGCCCCUUGGACUCCUGCACAAUGGGGAUUAUGCUUCAAGUUAUUCUAGGAAUGUUUCAAUUCCUGCUGCUCACCAGAAUACCGACGUCCCAUGCCAAGCUCGCUCACUGGCGGCCAGCAGACUCCCCAAAGUCCAGGGAAGGUCGAGAAGUGAGGCGGUGGUUGGAGGUUUAUUCUCGAAGUGGCUGUGAGCCUCGGGACACUCUGGUCGAGGUUUGGCGGGAGUUGCCAGGGGAGACCCACCAUCUCUUUGUCCCAUCCUGUGUGCCAGUGAGGCGAUGUGGCGGCUGCUGCACGGAUGAGGCCCUGGAGUGUGUUCCAAUACUCACACACACACUCACCAUGGAGCUGAUGAGAACGUCCUUCAUGAAACACGAGCUUAUUGAGCUGCCUUUCAUCGAGCACAGCCAGUGUGAGUGCAGAUUAAAAGAAGAACUUCAGUCAACACCUACAGCAAGGCCUUUAGUGAAGCCAACAAGAAAAGAAAAGAAGAAGGAAAGAGGGAAGUCCAGGCAUAAGACACCUGAAGCCACCAGAGCUGUGACCCUUACUCUCCCAACUCUCCCUCCUCCAUCCUCGCCUCCUCCUCCUUCACCCCCUCCGACUAGCUUCUCUCCCUCUCUCUCUCCACCUCCUUCUCCAUCGCCAUUGCCAUCUCAGAGGCCUAGUUGUCGCCCCUGCAGAGGGAGGAAGUGGGCUUUGGAUGAGACGUCUUGUCAGUGUCGCUGCACCAUCAGAGCCGAGAGCUGCAGUCGGAAAAACCGGAAGCUCAACCAUCAACGCUGCAGGUGUGAAGCCAUGAGAACUUGAUGUGUCCAUCCACUUCCCUUCUCUUCCUUUCCUCCACCAACCCUGCAGAUUCACCACCCACUCUCAGCAUCAGUGCCAUGAAGCACACAGAUUAACAUCCAGGACCUCAGACAAUUAUUGGAAGUGUUGAUAGAAGCACACGAGAACCUGUAGUAGCACUCUAGCUUAGUUUCAAGUGCAGCUUUACAGCCUGAAAAUAGAUCUACAUAUGUGUGUGUGUGUGUGUGUGUGUGUGUGUGUGUGUGUGUGUGUGUGUGUGUGUGUGUGUGUGUGUGUGUGUGUGUGUGUGUGUUUGUUUGUGUGUGUGUGUGUGUGUGUGUGUGUGUGUGUGUGUGUGAACAGCCAAACAAUGUAUCAUCCCUUGUCUGUCCACAUGCAUGUACAGACAUGUAGAGCUAAAAAAAACACAUCCCAUGAGUGGAGGGAAUGUAAGAAUGAAAUGGCAGCACACAGUGGUGUUUAUGAGAGACUAAAUCUUUCUUGGAGUAAGCAGUUGAGUGUGUGACUGCUCUGCUGCGGUUUGGAGGUUGGAGAACUAUGAGUGCUUCUGGUCUGCAGUUAAAUUUGUAGAUACAAGAGAACAAUAGAAACACUCUUAAUCUAUGGCUAAACAAGAACAAAGGAAAUGAGGAGGAUUGGAUUUCAGUGGAAGUUUUUCUUUUCUUCUUUAAGGACAAGUUGCACAUGGAGGCUGAUUCCAGGUUGAAAUAAAGGCCACUUUUUGUGCAGAUGAUCUAAACAUGGCCACAGAUGACAGAUGGACACUUCCACAAGGACAUGGGACAUGCACAUGAACUGGCACCCCAGUGUGCGUGGACCUAUAGUCUCACUGAAUGCUGGGAGGUGAGUGUAUCUGUGUGGUCUCCGCACUGAAAGACCCAGAUGGGAUAUCCCUGCAGCCGUUCUCUCUCAUUCAAAGUGUCUGACCACGGGGCUGGCUCUCCAAGCCGAUUUCCAGCAUUUGUUUAAUUUGGGCCUUUUGUCUCCAUCGUUCUUGGGCUCCUGGACUGAAAGCAGUCGCUUUGCCUCUCUUUGCGUCUCUUUUAGGCAGUGAGGAGAAUGACAAUAAUGAGGGGGCUGGCGGCUGUCCACUGCUUCACACACAAACAUUCACACUUAUAAUGCCAGGAACACAGGCGACACUGCUAAUGCAGACACACACAGGCUCACACGCUCUGUGCUAUAGCAGGCACACAUACAUAUUUACACACAUCAUGCAAUGUGAAAUGAAUGCAGGUAGCCAUAAGCUUUUGUUUUUACUGCGUAUAAGUCAAUAGUUUAUACUUGCAAUUUACUGUAAAGUCUUCAUUUGAUAUUGUAUUAUAUGCCUCUGUUUUAUAUUUUAUUAUAAUUGCGUCAAGAUGAUUGAAAAGAUAUUGUGUAUAUUGCAGAAUGUGUCUUUGUUUUGAUAGUGUUCAUCUUUAAUCCGUCUGCAUAAAGAGUCACACUGGGUGGCCGGCUAUGAACACAGUCAGCAUCCAAACCGAUACCCAAAUGUAUUGAAUUCAAACAGAGAGGGCUCACACAGGCCACAAACAGGAGACUAUAUACAUUAUAAUGUGUAACUCAAACAAUCAGUGGGGCAGUGUUGUCUGCCGCAGCACACACAAACCAAGCAAACAGCCUUUCCCAGUGCACUGAAAGGAAAACAUGGCUGUUUUUGUUGCAUGUUAGAGCCGGGAUGGAGAGAGUAUUAUUCAUUUGGAACAUAACUUGUUUAUAUUCUGACUGAAUCUCACGGUUUAACUCCAUGUUAGUUCAUGACUGCUUGGCUGCUGGGUGGGCACAGGGAUUUGAACUGUGACCGUUUCAGAAAGGAUGAGGUCUGGAGCAGCUUGUCAGUCGGCAAGCGGGCUAAAUCCAGAGCUCAGAGGACCCAUUAUGGCAGGUCACACAGUUUAAGCACAUUUUUUACUCUCAUUCAAACCUUUGUUUUUGUCCCGUGGCAUCUGAGCUACAUGACAAACAGUAGCUUUGAAAGUCCAUGAUUCAUGGCCGUACUCUACCCCAGAUCCAUAGAUCCUGCUGAUUGACACAGCAGUCCAGAGUCUGAAUUAUUUGUGUCAGCCUUGAGCAAAAGAAGUGUGUUUCCGAGGCUGCUGUGAUAAGCUCUGUAUUUAUAUUUCCUGAGAUGAGAUUAUUUUUUUCACGCUGAGUCCAUUGUUCAGUGCUUGUUAUUACUGUCAAUCAAUGCUUCAAUCACUACCUCUAUAUCACGGCAUAUUAAUGACCAAGUAUAAGAGCAUUGUUGUUACUUUCUCUGUGUUAUUUCAGAGCUCUUGUAAGCAUACAUUUUUUUACAUUUAGCAAUAAGCAUAGUCUCUAGUGUCAUUUUGUGGAGCUAUAGCAGAUUUCUAGUGAUGAUCUCUAGUUUAGAGGAACCUAUAGGAGUUUUCUUUGUGUGUUUUCAAUAAUCUGAAGGGAAACUGUCUCACAAGAGGAGAACUGAACUGGUCCUCUGGGUACAGACCAGACACUGUGCAACAAUGUGGAAUAGGAGAGGAUUUCCCAACGCGUUUGUAGCUUUUAGUCUUUAGUUUCCUGCCUUGCUGAGAGAUGAGAUUGAUACCACCCUCAUGUCUUUUCUUUUAAGAGGCGCCAGUCAGUUAGCUUUGCUUAGCAUUAAUAUUGUAGCAGCACCCCAAAAAUCCACCAGUUGAUGAACUAGUCUCUUAAGAUAAGUGUGUUUAAAGACCAUAGUGUAAAAACUAAGUUUAAAAAGGAAUUAUGGGCAGAGAUGUUUGCUAGCUUGAACACUUUGCAGCUAUUUCUUAUCGUGCAUUUAUAAUGUUUGAACAUUUUACCCCCAAUGGUCAAGCUUUUCUUGGCGACAUUGAAUUUUGAACCAGGAACAAUUUGAUUUUAUAUACAGAUUCAAAAAACAAAAUGUAAAGUAUUAUUGCCAAUUAGCUUGAGAGGUGCUGUCAGGCACAUGUUGGUGCUUUUGUUCAUAGCAAGGUUAGCUGUUUCCUCUUGAUUUCAGUGUUUAUGCUAGGCUAAAUUAAGCUAACUGGUUGCUAAUGUGGCUUCGGUAUUUGCUGGACCGAUCUGGAGUAUUAUCAAGCUCCUCAUCUUACUUUUUGCAAGAAAGAGAAUGAACCCUUUCCUCAAAAUUUUAAAAUCCUUUAUAGUUUGAACUACCUUGCAGCUAUUUAUGCACCUGCAUUUAUGAUGAAUCAAUUUUUUCUUGUUAAUAUUUCAUUCUUUUGAACAAGCCAACAAAUGUUUUGGGAAACACGAGAGACUCAAGCCUCAGUGAACAGUGAAGCACAUGCUGUACAUUAGACACUUGGAGAAAAAAAUCUCUUGAAGGCAGAAGUGAAGGAGCAAAUUGACUCAGACUGAAAAGCUCCACUCAUGCAGACGUGCACAACAUAUCAAAGACAUUCCACCUGAAAGAGUUGUGCUGCUGAGAUAAGCUUUUUUUUGUGAGCCCCUGUGGCUCUUUAUGUGACCAAAUUUUUUAUUUCUAAGUCUGACCAAUAAAAGCAAAAACCUCAAAUUAAUUAGAAAGCAUUGGUGUCCCAGUUUGUCAACAUCACAACUCUAACUGAUAUACAUCUUGGACAUAUUAAUAUCUCAUUUAAAUGUCCUGAUACUGUGUCAGUGUUAAACAUCAGUCUGCUUUGUGUCUGCGCAAUCUACAGUACAGUGUACUAUAAAGCUAGCCAUGUCUAGCCUCCAGUGUCUUAGCCUAUAGAGACCCCUAACUAGACUAUAUAACAGUUUAUAAACUCUAAUAUCCAGCCAUGACCUUGUGUAUGACGUCGUGCAUACUUUAGAAAUGUAUUUGUACUUCAUUUUAGCUGUACCUUUGCAAUGAAUCCCUUCUCUGCAAAUACAUUAUACUACUGUAGCCUAUCUAUAAAGAAAAAACUACACUCUUUUUUUGCUGCUACACCAUUUGUGCCCUAUUAUCAUGUAUUUGUAGAAAACAAUGCAGUUUUAUGUUGUAUUAGUAUAUAAAUGCCAAUUAAUAGAUGUAAUGUCCCCAUUAAAGUGUACACUGCAUUGUCAAAUGUAUUGAAAUGAUACCAGGAUACAACCGUGAUGUUACAGAUGUUAUUAAAGGAAAUGUCUUAUUUUUCAUAUAAA